UGUAACGCGGUUGUUCCUUCGACGACGAGUCGGCGAUGAUGGAGUUGCUGGAUGCGCAAGAGUGAUUAGUCACCGAUCCGAAGCCAGGAUGAGACUUCUAUCUUAAUGGAGCGGAAUUUCAGGCUUCAGAAAGAGAGCUGGAUAGCCUUGUGCCUGUUUUGUGCGCUAUUAUGCUCACAAAGUUGCGUGUGGAACACUUGGGGUCCAAUCGCGGGUUUCGCUCUGCAAGCCUUUCCAUCUUGGAACAAAUCUCUCGUGGCUCUACUGUCCGAUUGGGGAUGCAUCAGCUAUCUCAGCUGCUGCGUACCUUGCUGCUGGUUUCUGUACAAAAAGGGUCUAUUGAUGUCUCUGCGAAUGGCUGCGAUUCUGUCUACUCUCGCGACAUUCGUGCGUUGCAUGUUCUUCAGGGAGAACGUCUUCACGAUAACGGUACAUACCGCGGCUAUCCUGAACGGAUUAUCGGGAGUGAUCCUCGGUCCUGCGAUAGCGUUGAUCUCCGCGGUCUGGUUUCCACCCGGGAAACGCACCACCGCUACAGGUGUAUCUUCUGCUUGCAAUCAACUGGGAAUGGCGAUCUCUUAUUUAAUCGGACCGGCCGUGGUGGAAAGCACAGCUACGUAUAAUAGGACUUUCUUGGCUAGGAAUACGAGUUCCAGUGAAAAUGAAGUUUUUGAUAAAGCGUAUUCUAUGGCAUUGAGAGCGCAAAUUAUGUCUCUUAUGAGAAUUGAAUUUGUUGGCCAAUUCUUGAUUUUGAUAGGUGUCCUGUGCUUUUUCCCGAAGAAAACCUACGAAUCUGAUGCCUUCUCUGAAAUUUCUGAGCGUCUCAGUCUCAUAGAAUCCGUUUUCCGUCUUUUAAAGAAUAAAAAUAUGUGGUGUCUCUGCUUAGCUGCUGCUCUUAGUCAAGGAGUAACUGGGCCGUGGCUUGCGAUGAUAACGUUGACUUUUAGCGCCAGCAUUACGCAAGAAGAAGCGGAUAAAUUGGCUUUCUGGACAAUCAUGCUCAGUGGUGUUUUGAGUUUGAUGGUAUCACGACUGGCGGAUGCAUUUCAAAGUCGCCUAAAAAUCGCCCUGUACAUUCUGUUGGCGACUUCGUCGGCGAUGUUUCUCUGGGUGCUCUUGUUGGAUGAUCGUGUUCUGGCGUUUCACAAGGGCGAGCUGUACACCGCGGUAAUCAUGGGAAUAUCCACUAGUUGGUCCAGCCCGGCCCUUUUCCUCGAACUCGCUUCCGAGAUCGCAUCUCCGGUCUCCGAAGCCAUCGUCGGCGGUUACAUGAUUUUCCUGUCGAACCUCGUUGGUGCGAUCUUCUACUUCUCAUAUUUUUUGCCGUGGAUAAACGAACACUGGUCGACUUAUUGGACAUUCGCAAACAUUACAAUAGCGACGAUUCUUGUUACAUACGUUAAGGAAGAUCACAAUCGCACAAGCAUGAAAUAAGUGCAUAUAUUAUUUUUUUAUUAUUCACAAUUGUUGUAACAUAUAAAAAAUUAA